AUGGAAGAAGAUCCAAUAAAUUUCUGUUAAUUAAUUGAAGAAAGAAAGCAGUCGACUAGAAAUAGAAAGAUUGCUGCUCAGAUAAUGGACAGUAUUGAAUAAUUAGAGAGCGAGCCUGCAGCAGUAAAGAGAUGGGUAUGGGAGCUUAUCUAAAACGCCUAGGAUUCAGUUUAUGAAGGUACUAAUGUCAGAAUCAAAAUAGAAUUAGAUUCUUAACAUCUUAGAUUCUAUCACACAGGCAGACCAUUUUUCCUCAUUGAUCUAUUGAAUUUGAUUGAACAAGGAUCAAAUAAAUAGAGACCUUAAUACAAUCUAAAUAUGCAAAAUACCCAAAUUAACUUGAAAUCACCAUAAGAUAAUGCAGGUACCAAUUAAAAUCCUGAGGAGAAAUAGAUAAUAAGUCUUAAGGAUUUUAUGGUGCCUUAAACAACUGGAAGAUUUGGAACAGGAUUUCUCACAACUUAUUUACUAUCUAAAUGCCUAGAAGUGUAAGGUAUAUUUCACUUCAAUGAAGAGGGGUAGAACAACUUUAGAAAUUUCAAAUUGAAUCUGAACCGAGACACCUACGAUUUAGAUAAAAUGAUUGAACUUAAUAGACAAUCAUUCGAUUUAUUUAAGGAUUUAAACGAUCAUACUAAGAGUCCUAUUCUUAAGGAAUACAAACCUGGCUAAGAUUUUGAUACCUGUUUUACAUAUGAAUUAAAGGAAGAAGGUGUUAAAAAUGCUUAGGAGGGGUUGAAAAGUCUUGCACUAGCAGCACCUUAUGUACUAUCUUUCAAUAAAAGCAGUGAGAUACCAAAUUUCUUUGUGGACUACCCACUGAUCGGUUCAGAGAAUCUAAAUUUCUCAGUAGUUUUUAAUUCUCAUUUGUUCUAUCCAAAUGAAAAAAGAUCUGGAAUUAGUCUCGAAAGGGGGCCAAAAGCAAUGGUAAAUAGAGAGUUAAUGCAAGAAUGUCAAAAAUUGUUUGAUCAGUUUUUGAAUUUUGUAAUCAAGAAUAAAUAUACUGGUUUGAAUUGCUUGAGGUUGUAGCUGAAUAAAAACUAAGUUAUCUGCGAUUUUUUGAAAAAUAUUUUGAUAGAUCCAAUCAUAAAAUAAUUUGUUGCUUAACCUAUCAUUGAGAGUCAAAAAGGAUUCAUUAAGCUUAAAGAUGCACUAUUUCCAAAUAUAGAAAAAGAAUCAAUUGAGAUAGAUGAUAAAGAUAAAAUGAUGCAAUUAUGGGAGAUCUUAUCAAAGAUUUACAGUUAAAAAGGAUACCUUAUUAAGUAAGAUUUUGAUUAUAUCAAGAGCUGGAUUUACAUUUUUGAGGAUCCUGUUUGGAAAAUUCAUUUAGAUUAGAAAAAUUAUAUAAAGAUUAAUGAAGCAAUCGCAUAUAUAGACAAAAGUGCAAAAAGUGUAAAAGAGCUAAAAAAAUAAUAUCGUCUGACUUAUACAGAUGUGCAAGAUUUAAUGAAGAAACUUUACGAAUAUAUUAGUAAGCACUAUACUUCCUUCUAGCUGAAGACUUUGAUUUAAAGUUAUUCAAUUUUUGUAAAUCAAAAUGGUAAACUCUGUAAAUGUGAUGCUUUACAUUAAGAUGACGACAUAGAAGAAAUUUAUAAAGACUUAGUCGAACGGUAUGGAUAUAAUUUAAGAAAAAAACUUCUUUCAAAAGAUUUCACAGUGCCGUUUGAAAAUGAUUUUAAGAAGUAUAAUAUCGAUACACUUAAUAGUGAAAUUACAGAAUCCAUAAAAAGCACUCUUAGCUAUUUAAAGGAAUGCAAAUAGAAUAAUAAGAAAUCUCUAGUUAAUAAGAGUAAAUAUUCUGUAGCGCCAGUCAAGAAGCAAACUAAACUUAAUUUAAGCUCAUUAAAUAGCAUUGAGGAACUAUCAUUUAGAAUAUUAGGGUUAUAAAGGACAUACGUCUAAGAGUAUGAUAUUCUCUUUACUGACAAAAUUUUAAAACAAUAAAAAGAAGAUGAAGUAAGAGAUCAAAUAAUAGACUUGCUAAGCAAAACUAGCCUUCAUGCUAAUAUAGAAAUGUAAAUAGUAUAAAAUAUACCCUAAUCAGCAAGAGAUAUCUCAAUGGAUGUAAUUUGUUUCAAAAUCAGAAGUGAAAUCUUAUCUUGCACUAAUAAGCUUGAAAUUAUGAACAAACUAAGCAUCAAGGAUGAUAUCUAUGGAUUCUUGAAUUUAUUUUAUGGAAUCGCUGAAUAGAGAUUCAAGCCAAGUUCUGCUUAAAAACUAAUUGAUUAAAAAAUAUUGCUUAAUCAAAAUGAUAAGUUCUUCAGAUUUGCAAAAAAUUAAGAAUAAUCUGAGAAAAUCAUUACUAUAAACAUGCUAGAAGAAGACGAGAAAGUUACUGAUAAGGAAGGUAUUAAGGAUAUACUUUUAAUUUACUUACUGUUCAAGAAUACGACAUUAGACAUUUUCAAUGAAAAGAUAGUUCACUCAAGCUUAUCAUCAGAGAAGGCUGAAAAGAUGAUAGACUCCAACUUGAAGGAAUAUUUGAAAUGCAAAGACAUAUGUUAAGUAGUAGAUUAGAUUUUAGUUAAUAAAUGCAGAGAGAAGGACUAUCGCACAACAAAUAAAGAGUUUAUAAUGAAUUUUGAUAGACUCUAUUCAUCUACUUUUAUAGAGCAGCAUAAUGAGUAAUUAUUCCCACAAUACACUAAGGAAAGGAAAGAAAUUAUAGUUGGAUUAAUACAGCAGGGAGAAAAGUUAGAUAUUAUAUUUAAGAUUUAUGAAAGCAAGCAACAAAAUUUUUUGGACUAGUUGGUUAAGAUAUCUUAACAUAACUAUGCACAGCUACUAGAGAUCAUUAAGAUAUUUAUAGAUUAUCAUAAUCCACCUGAAAACUUGAAAGACCUUAUUUAGUAUCUUAAAGAGAAGGAGAUCAACAGAGUUAAAAUUACAGAUGUUAUGAAGUUUCUCUAAAAUAAAUGA